CUUAAUGCUUUGUACAUUAAAAAGGCCUGCAAAUAUAAAUGCUAGUAAAGCAUCAGUCAAUGAAUCCAAGCUACCAAAGUUUCAAGUUUUAAAGGCAGGUUCAUGUCCAUCAACAAGCACACCAUCUAAAUGUACAAUCCCUAGAGCACGUUCCAUGCAGAACAAAAAGAGUUCUGAUCGAGUCAGUGUCCUGAGAAAAAAUGUGCUAAGGAGAUCCAUAAGAAAUGGACAAAAGAAAGCAAAUGAUGAUUCUAGAUUUCCACCAGACUUGCCUAGAGCCUCUUCUCAUUUGAAAGGAGAUUCUGAAAAAACCAAAGACAUAUCAACGGCGAACAUAAUUAUAUCGAACACUUCGUCCUCAUUGCCGGUCAUGAAGAAUGGUAAUACCAGCUCAAAGGUGACGCCGGAUCCUGUGGUUUCAUAUAGUACCGGUGUAUGUUCCUCCGAAUGUCAGGAUGUGUCUGUGCAAGCUACUGUCUCUCAUCCACAUAACACCUUUAAUUCGGUUAGGGACAUGCAACACUCACAAAUUCAAACAAUGAAACCAUCAGGCUUGCGAAUGCCAUCACCAUCACUAGGAUUUUUUCGUCAGUCGGAUGCUUCUGAGGCACACCGGCUAUCACGGAGAAAUGCAGAGUCUAGUGUUGGAAAGCUGCAAGAAAUUGGUGACAUGAGGUCCCUGAGUGCAUUCGCAGUUCAAAGAGUCACCGGCAACACCCCAACGAUGUAUACCAGGGAUAAUGUUUGCACCGACAUGGAAUGCUCUGUAGCAACAAGUUCUCAACAAGCAAUCAAGUCAUGCUCAGGUUAUGAUGCUGCACUAAACAAACUGAAGACUGCCUGUGAUUCUAAGAAUCCCAAGCUUGUAAGUAAUAAAAAUGGAGAUCAUAAUGUCUGUAGUGUUAAUGGAAAAGUAAAUGCCACAGAAUCAUGGAUAAAUGGUCCGGAACUUGUGGAUACUGGAGAUUGUGGGCAUGUUUCUGAAGAAGAUCAAAAGAUAAUUGGUUCUAAAGGAUGUAGAAGCUCUAGUACGUCAGAUUUAGAAAAUUAUCAGUCUGUGUUCCAGAAAAACUGUACAACACAACCCAUGGACACAUUUAGAGGGGAAACACUGGUGAAUAGUUCAGAUGUGGUAAAUAUGCCAAGCAACUCUGUGGUCUCAUUUGAAGGUUCCUUUUCUGACUUUGGGUCAGGUAAUAUUCUUAUGUGUGGUGGUGAGAAGACAAUUUCAACUAGUCGUAAAAGUGAUAUGCAAGAAGUUUAUUGCUCACCCGAGGAGCAAUCUGAUAAUAACUUGUGUAGUUUUGAUUUUUUGAGCCAUGAAUCUCAAGAUUCUGAAGAUCCUAAUCUUGUAGGUUUAUUAAAUACUGAAGUAGAACCAGAUUACAUAGCUUUCACAGUUCAGGACUUGCAUAUUCUUUCUUCAGAAGAAAAUAUCAUUUUGGAGGGAAAUGAUAAAUCGGAUUCAGGAGAUUCUGUACUUCACACCUCAAAAGAUGUCCUGUCUGCUCAAAGUUGCAACAGUACCCCUCAUGUGGUUUUAAUGGAGGAUUUUCCAGCAAAACAAAGAGAGAAGUGUUCUGAGUCUUCUGACUGCUUUAACAAGGAGAGUCAGACGGUUAAGCUGAAUGACAGUAAUAUUUUUGACGACUAUAAAAAAUGUGAUCUAAAUGUUUCUGAGAAUGUAGACCCUUGUAAUGCCAUCUCAGUUGAUAAAUUUGAACAGUCAGAUGUGCCUACAUUCAAUUUUGCCUUGACCAGACAAGAUACACACACUGUAUCUGAAGAAUCAGAAAGAACCCGAGACUUGGGUAGUGCUCCAGAACCAAGUGACGGGGGUGGAAAUGAAGCUGUAAGAUCAAGUUAUUUCAAUGUAGAGCCAGUUAUGGGAGGAAUUGACGCUAAAACAGAUUCAUCUGUUGAACCAUUGGGUUUUUUAGGAAAUCCUUCUAUGCCUGAAGAUGCCGAGCUUCUGUCAAACAAAGUGUUACUUUGUGAUACAGAAUUUAAUGGAAAAUCCGCAUCUGUGAAUAUUGACUCAUCUACACAGACAAGCAAAAUGUGUAUUUCAAAAGCAUCUACUACUCACAUGGGCCUGGUUGAAAGUAUAUACGAGUCAUCAAUGAGCAAUCAUGGAGUUUGCAUGCAAGAUCAGAAUGUUAUGGGAAAUGAAUCUGAAGCAAGAACCUCUAUGACCAUCAAUAGUCAUGCUACUGACUUUUGUGUUGAGUUAGGCAAUGCUAAAUGUGUCACAAGCAAUAAGAAUGAUGUUGUGUCAGCAAAAAGAACUGAGGAUGGUAAGAAUGAAAGUUACCUCAGCUUAAUACCCCCACGAAAUGCAGUUCCUUUUUCGGAUGAAUGGUUUGCUGCUAUUGAAGCAGCUGGAGAGGAUAUUUUAACCAUGAAAGGAGGUGCUGUACAGAAUUCGCCCCCAGAUAAAUCUCUACCUGAGCCAAGUCCAUGGUCACCGGUUCAACGUCACAACAAUGUUGGACCUCAUGAUUGUACAAAGAUCAUGCGCAAUAUGGCUGGGCCUUCGGAUUCCUAACUCCCAAGUAAACUAAGGUUUGAGACUCAGUAUUUUGAUCAGCCUAACAAGACCAACCCCAUAAGAGUAGAACUGUAAAGUGUGCCUACCACAUGUAUAAUCAAUAUUCUUCUACAUCAUCAUAGGGACCCCCUUAUCUGAUCUCACAUUCCACAGUGACACCCCAUGGGAUUGAGGUUUACAUUUUAGGAGUAAGAUACUAAGAUGUGAUCCAAGUCACACCCCAUCAUAUUUUUACAGUAGCACUUUGUUAAGUCAUUUAGGUGCACUAAUAAAGCUUUUGAAUGCCA